CGCCCUGUUCCGCCACUUCGCGCUGGUGCCAGGCAGCCGACACACCCCGGGCUCCAUCGUGUCCAGCAACCCGAUGGCGACCCCCUCGUCCAAGGGCACCUACACCCCCAAGGACGAGGGCAGCGCCAGCGGGGACGAGGCGCACCCGCACGUCGGCCGGGACGCCAGCUCGGGCUACCUGCCGCUGGACGCCCCGGUGCACCGGCUCCCGCGGAUGAGCAGGGAGCAGGGCGAGUCGUGCCUGGCGAGCCCGGUGGCCACGACCAUCCU